CGGUCAGCUAUCUGAGCGCCGUCUCUUAUUUGUUGGUAUCACUCACUGAUCUCUAUGUAUCACUGAUCUCUGUGGUUUAUGCCGUAAAAUUAAUUUAAGUUAGUUUUAAUUAAUUUAAGUUAGUUUAAUUUAAAUCAGUGUCUGCGUCGAGCGGGUCGACGCAGACACUGCCUUUCGGGGCUUUCGGCGGUUGCCUGGAUCACGACAAGCCUGGAUGACCUGGGUUAAGAGUAUGCUUCCGUCAUUUAAACUUUGGUUCGGCGAGGUGUUCAGUUGAGGGACAAUAAUGGAGAUUACCGACAAUAACGUGCAGACCUUGGCAAGCUACCUGCAGCAGACGCUGCAGGCCGACCCGACUACGCGGCGCACGGCGGAGAAGUUCCUCGAGACGGUGGAGGUGAACCAAAACUACCCGGUCCUGCUGCUAAACCUCGUGGACAAAGCAGACAUCGACAUAGUGAUCCGAGUCGCCGGCGCAAUCGCCUUCAAAAACUAUGUGAAGCGCAACUGGGCAGUGUCCGAGGAUGGCGCGGACAGGAUACACUCGAACGACCGCAACACGGUUAAGGAGCUCAUCGUCGGCCUCAUGCUGCGCAGCCCGGAGCAGAUCCAGAAGCAGCUGAGCGACGCCGUCAGCAUAAUCGGGCGCGAAGACUUCCCGGCGCGGUGGCCCAAUCUUCUGCACGAGAUGAUAAACUACUUCCAAAGCGGCGAUUUCCACGUGAUCAACGGCGUGCUGCGGACGGCACACUCGCUCUUCAAGAGGUACCGCUACGAGUUCAAGUCGCAGGAGCUCUGGACGGAGAUCAAGCACGUCCUGGACAACUUCGCCAAGCCGCUGACGGACCUCUUCGUGGCGACCAUGGACCUAGCCAAGACGCACGCCAGCAACCCGGUAGCCCUCAAAGUCAUCUUCAGCUCGCUGGUUCUCAUCUCCAAAGUCUUCUACAGCCUCAACUACCAGGACUUGCCGGAGUUUUUCGAAGACAACAUGGAGGUGUGGAUGACGCACUUCCUCACCUUGCUCACAACAGACAAUAAGCUGUUACAGACGGACGAAGACCAGGAGGCUGGUUUGUUGGAGCAGCUCAAGUCGCAGAUCUGCGACAAUGUGGGGCUUUAUGCUCAGAAAUAUGACGAAGAGUUCCAGAAGUACCUGCCCGGCUUUGUCACCGCUGUCUGGCAUCUGUUGACCACGACCGGUCCACAAGUAAAGUACGACAUCCUCGUGAGCAAUGCCAUCCACUUCCUGUCGUCGGUGGCUGAACGUCCCCACUACAAGCAGCUUUUCGAGGACACCAGUGUGCUGAGCUCGAUCUGCGAAAAGGUCAUCAUCCCCAACAUGGAGUUUCGUACCUCGGAUGAAGAGCUCUUUGAAGACAGCCCAGAAGAGUAUGUUCGUAAGGACAUUGAGGGCUCUGACAUCGACACCCGCCGGCGUGCUGCCUGUGACCUGGUGCGUGCCCUCUCCAAGUACUUUGAACAGAAGAUAACUGUCACAUUCUCACAGUACAUCAGAGACAUGCUGCAAUUGUAUGCCAAGGAUCCUGGCCAGAACUGGAGGAACAAAGAUGUUGCCAUCUACCUGGUGACCUCCAUGGCCGUCAAGGCACAGACUGCAAGGUUGGGCACCACUCAGACCAGUUCUCUCGUCAACGUCGGAGAGUUCUUCCAAGAAUUUGUGGCUCCCGACUUGAGCAGCUCCAACCUGACAGACUUUCCAGUGCUCAAGGCGGAUGCCAUCAAAUACCUGAUGGUGUUCCGCAACCAGCUGCCCAAGGCCGUGCUUUUGCAGAGCCUUCAGAACGUUAUCGAGCUUCUCCUGGCACCCAGCUAUGUGGUGCACACGUAUGCGGCGAGCUGUGUUGACCGGCUCUUUACCAUGAAGGAUCCGCAAGGGAAGGUAGCAAUAGCGGCAACAGAUGUGUCCAGCCACACAGAGCGCUUGCUGAAGAACCUGUUUAUGGCAUUGAACCAUCCCGGCUCAUCAGAAAACGAGUAUGUCAUGAAGGCUAUUAUGCGAACCUUCUCACUUCUUCAGGAUGCCAUGCUGCCGUACCUGCCCUCAGUUCUUCCGAGUCUGACGGCCAAGCUGCUGCAAGCAAGUAAGAAUCCGUCCAAGCCGCACUUCAACCACUUUCUCUUCGAGGCUCUCAGCCUGUCCAUCCGAAUUGCCUGCCGCAAGGACCCCGCAUCUGUGGCAGGAUUCGAGGGCACGCUGUUUCCAGCCUUUCAGGACAUCCUACAGCAGGAUGUACAAGAGUUUGUGCCCUAUGUGUUUCAGCUAUUGUCGCUGAUGCUCGAGUGCCACACUUCGCCUGUGCCGGAGCCUUACAUGGCGCUGUUCCCGUGCCUUCUGGCACCAGUGCUGUGGGAACGGCCGGGAAACAUUCAUCCUCUUGUCCGGCUGCUCCAGGCGUUUAUCGAAAGAGGCUCGGCUCAAAUAGUGGCAGCAGACCGACUCACAGGGCUCCUGGGAGUCUUCCAGAAGCUCAUUGCUUCCAAGGCCAAUGACCACGAAGGCUUCUACAUACUGCAGUCGCUCUUGGAGCACAUGGACUCUGGAGCUCUCAAGCAGUACAUCCGCCAAGUGUUCUUGCUUUUGUUUCAGCGGCUGCAGAGCUCCAAGACCACCAAGUUUGUGCGCGGCUUGCUCGUGUUCUUCGGGCUGUUUGUGUACCGCUACGGUGCACCCACGCUGGUAGCGACAGUGGACGACAUCCAGGCCAAGAUGUUUGGCAUGGUCCUGGAACGUCUGGUCAUUGCGGACGUCCAGAAGGUCUCCGGCACGCUCGAGCGCAAGAUGUGUGCAGUCGGCAUCACCAAGCUCCUGACGGAAGCGGAGGCACUUGUCCAAGGAGAGUACAGUUCCUUCUGGGGCCCACUGCUUCAAGCCCUCAUCGACCUGUUGGAGCUUCCGCAGGAUGAGAGCAUUCCAGACGACGAACAUUUCGUAGAGGUAGAGGAUACCCCCGGCUAUCAGACAGCAUACUCUCAGCUUGUGUUUGCGGGAAAGAGGGAGCACGACCCGUUUGGGGGAACCAUUGCUGAUCCCAGGUUACACCUGGUGCAGUGUCUGCACAAGCUGUCCCUGACAUACCCUGGAAGACUGGGCCCUCUCAUCAAUGCUUCACUCCAGCCCAGUGCCAGCAGCUUCCUGCACCGGUAUCUGCAGAUGGCCAACGUUCAGCUGGCGUGAGCUGCCAAGCACUGCCCCUUGUAACAUAUUCAAUGGCUGGGACAUUUUCAAGGACCAGCUGUUUCUAUGCGUUGCACAGCUGGUUGUUUACUGCUGUAGCAACUUCUAGUUGAUGUUUGUCGUAAAGCUUGCUUGGUGUCUCGUUGAGAGCAUUAAUAAAUGCUUCAUUCUCUGUGGCUAA